AUGGAAUCGCCGCAAAUGUACGAUACAACCCAAAUCCAAGUGCGCAGUGACAUCAAGAAGCUAACGAUGGCCGCGAACAAUAGUGCAAACGGUGCGAAUGGCACGGCCAAUGGGGCCUCACCGACGAACAACAACUCGCCAACGGCGAUUAAUCAGAACACGCUCGCGCUAAAGCAGCAACAGCAGCAGCAGCAGCAACACCAGCAGUCUCAGCAGGUCCAGCAGCAGGUUCAGCAACAGCAGCAAGUCCAGCAGCAGGUUCAGCAGCAGCAGCAACAGCAGCAACAGCAAGCCCAACAGCAGCAGGUCCAAUCGUUGGGUCAGCACCCAAGCAACGGCGUGUCGGGGCUGCUCUCGAACGGUAACCUUCUCUCGAAGCAGAUGCUGCAGCAGAUCCAGUACUCGCAGUCCGAGCUGGACGAGCUAACGUCGCAGGAGAUCUCACUCGAUCUGCAGCAUCUGAUCGAUGAUCAGUUCCGCGAUCCGGAGGCACUCGGUCUCUUCACCGAGAUGGUGUCGGUGGGCAGCACGAACGGUACGAUGGCGAAUCCGUUGGUGCAAACGGCCGCCGCAAAAGCGCUCCAGCUGCAGCAGGCUCGACUCUCGCAACACUCGGCGAACGGUGGCAACAGCUACCAGCGAUCGCUCGCCUACAUGCCUCAGCCAGUGCACACGGGUGCGGCUUACGGUGGAACGUCCAGUGACGAGAACAGUUCCGUCGGUUCAUCCGCUGACUCGGCCAACAUUAAGGAAGAACCCGUCGAUCCGAACGAGUACCGUCGGCAGUUGCUUGCGAAUGGAGCCGCUGGUGGUGCUGCAACUGCUGGUGCUCAGUUUAUGGGCACCAUCAACGGGUAUCCGGGAUUGGGAGGACCUACCACGAAUGGGGGUGCAACUCCCAAUGGACUGGGUGGUACGGGGACACCCGGUGGUGGGACAACACCAAGCUACGUCACGAACGGAAAUGGAAGCAGCUUCUCGAGCCUAACACCGGCAACGGUUUUACAGGCGCAUCAUCACCAGACACUGCCACACCUGACGGGUGCCGCUCACCUGGCUAACCUCACCAAACACGGCAAGAUGCUGCCACACGUUGGGCGCAAAACGCAACAGAAAGUCGUCGAUAAGGGUACGGACGAGUACCGACGGCGGCGCGAACGGAACAACAUCGCAGUGAGGAAAUCGCGCGAAAAAGCGAAGGUACGAUCGCGCGAGGUCGAAGAGAAGGUGAAGGCUCUGCUGAAGGAGAAAGACGCGCUGGUACGCAAGAUCGAGGAGAAAAACAACGAGAUCACGCUGUACAAGCAGCUGUACAUGCACCUGAUGAACCACAGCAACCCGGAGAUCAACCAGAUCUGUCGCAGCGCGCUUAACCUCUCCAAUAUGGGCGAUCACAUGUGA